AUGCAUGCGAUUACGGAGGAGAAAGCGAAGGAGGAGGACGACAAUGUCGUGACGGUGACGGUGAGCGAGCCGCAGAAGGUGAACGAGGGGUUGAACGCGUACGUGCAGUACAAAGUCAGCACGGAGACGAACCUGGCCGUCUUCCGGCGCCGCAAGUUCUCGGUGGUGCGCCGCUUCAGCGACUUCCUGGGCCUGCACGAGAAGCUGCAGGAGAAGCACGUGCACGUCGGCCGCUUCGUGCCGCCGGCGCCCGAGAAGAGCGUGGCCGGGAUGGCCAAGGUCAAAAUGUCCAAGGGCGACACCACCGCGCAGGAUGGCGCUUCCGGGGAAUUUGUGGAGCGGCGUCGCGCGGCGCUGGAGCGCUUCCUGGCGCGCACGGCGCAGCACCCGGUGCUGCGCAUGGACCCCGACUUGCGGGAGUUCCUGGAGAUGGACGAGACGCUGCCGAAAGCGAGUAACACCAGCGCCUUCAGCGGGGCCGGCGUGAUGCGGUUGUUCGGGAAGGUGGGCGAGCAAAGUGGACGACAUCAUUGCUAUAAAGGGAACCUUCCCUUGUCCGGUUUGACCUGGGAUGUGACCGAUGAUCUCCCGAAGGCAGGCGGCGAGGGCCCGAGCACCAGCGGCCAAAGCGGAGCGGGUGGAGGGCGCCGCACGCGUCGGGAGCGACUACCUCUGCAGGUGUGCUCUUCAAGUUUCGCCCGUGGCAACCGAAACUGGACGGAAGCGACGUCCGACUCCCGGCGCGAGGCCAACGCGGCGGCCGACAGCGUGAAGCACGCCGCCGGCGGUGUCGUGCAGCAGAGUGGUCGGAAACGGAAGGCGAGCAGUGACGAAGGCGACAAGAAGCGCCGCGACGGCGGCCAGGCCGCGCGGGCCAUCGACGAGCCCCUCCAGGACCGCGCCGCCGCCGCCGAGGUCUCGCAGCGGCAGGAUAAGGGGCCGGACGCCGGGCAGCAUGGCCGCCGUUCCCACGAGCAGGCUGAAGUGGAAUCGGCGCAGUUGGCCAGCGUGAGCGGGCAGAAGGUUGUUGCCAGCGACGAGGACGCCAAGGGCACGGGCCAGGAGACGCCGGACGAGCAUGUGCAGGCGGCCGACGAGAAGAAGGAAGCGCUGAAGCCCGACGCCCGGCACGAGCCCGAGGAAGCGGCCGACACCCUGGAGCAUGCCGCCGGCGACGUCCUGCAGCAACCGGCCGGUGAGAAAGGGAGCGACGAGAAGCGCCGGGAAGAAGUGGACGAGUCCGGCCAGGAGCGGGCCACCGGCGCCAGCGCCAGCGCUACCGGCGUGGACCAGGCGCAGCAUGCGAUGGAGGCGUGUCGUCGUACGCUGGUGGCGGUGCGGGAUGAGGCUGGGACGGCGCUGUCGGACGCUGGGCCGUCGCAGGCUGCCCCCGUCCGUGCGUUCGCGGCGCGCGUGGGCGUCCUCUUCGUCUCGUUGGCGGACAUCUCCUCCCUGGCGCUCGCGUCCUCCAUCGAGGCGUCCGACGUCCAGGAGGGCCUGCUGGAGUUGGCCGCCAAGCUGGAGAAGGGCGGGGCCUCGUCCACCGGCGGCGGGGGCUCUGUUGAGGACCGCGAGCAAGAGCCGCAUGGCAGCAAGUGAGCGCUGAGUGACGCUGACCCAGCGGAUGGUACUCUUUUCGUCUUUAUCAUUCGCCGGCUCAUUUGAUCGCGUUUUAUAAUCGUACACUUUUCCGCCUUGAGCGAGUAAUUUCUUUACAGUCUUUGAAUCAAAUGUUUCGGUAAUCGGUACGCUUUUUUUGGAGAUGUUGUUUGCGUGUAACCGCUAAAUUGGGUUGUACUGCGCGAACGCUUCUGUAUGGUGUUGUGCGGUAUUUUUGGACGACUUUUUCUUUGUACGGCUAACGGGGAUCUCUUUUUUGUGAACAGCAGUGUUUUGUAUUGUGGCCAACGUUGGGCUUUCAGGGACAAAUUUUUUUUUUUG